CUUUAUAAACCAACCAAGUCCUCGCUUAACUCGCCGGCCAAACAAGCAAAAACAAAAGCCAUGGAAUUAGAGAACCAAACCGGAGAGAUCGAGGAAACCACCACAACGACGUCCAUCGACGGCGUCAGCGACGCCGCCGACGAGUCGACUCCGCUGCUACAGAAGCCCGAGUCGAACCCUAGGGCGAGGUCUGUGCGGACCAAGGUUCCAGAGGUCGAGAUUCGUCUGUUUCGGAGAGGCGAAGGGCCGAUCGACGAGUUCAAGUCGAGCCUAGGUGGUUGGGACCAAGACCAGCUCGAAGUUAGAGAUAUUCUUGACAAGUAUGGCUUCAAGUCGGUCUUCGCCUUCAAUCCUCAAAUGGGUCGCGGCGUUCCCAUUCGGUUCAAUCCCAAAAAUGGCCGAUCGUUGCUUCCUUACACCGAUGGGUCCGUAAUUUGCAUUGAUGGGGAACCCAAGGACUCCAUGAUCAAACCUAUUACCAAGAUCUUGUUAGGAGUUGUGGUUAUAACCCUCAUGAUAACAUUCGUUAUGAAGGAACCCCCACGAUGGAUGAAAAAAAUAAACUUCUCAGAUGGGAGAGUCCCUCCAUGGGUUCUUGCUUGUGGUGUCAUCGUUUUUACUCGCUUGAGAAAGAGAACUAGGAACUUCCUGAAAAACCGUGGUUGGUGAGUAGAUGCCAUCAUGCUUGGCAAAUGCUGAUGAAUUUCGGAAAGAAUUUUGCAAGCUUGGUUUUACAGUAACUACUUUUUUUUUUUUUUUUAGUACGAAGUCACGCCUGGUGAUUAAAUAGUUACUGAAAAAUCGUGGUCCAAACCUUUGAAUGUGUAUUGUUACUGUCUAGAAAUUUACCAGUUUAUAUUUCAGUCACCGGGUGGAUAAUCAUUUGAUGUGGUUCAAAUUAUCAUGGUGUAUCCUAAUGGACUCUUUUUUCAGUAAUUAUCGUCCGGUUUCUUCUA